AUGACUAAUAUGGACAAAGAUAACUCGGCAAUCCCAUAUGAACCCUACACGACCCCUCUGACCAAAUUCCACCUCUUUCCCCACCUCCCCCAAGAACUCCGUCUCGAGAUUUGGAACAUAAUCCUCGCCGAACCGCGUCAAAUUAAGAUUGACUGUAAAAAGCGCCGAAUCCUCCAACGUCGAGUCGUAGACUCAUGGACUACUGACACACCGAUCCCCGCACUCCUUCACGUUUGCUCUGAAUCCCGGUACCUAGGACUAUCGUAUUACAAACCCUACUUCUCGACAAAAACAUGCUCUAAAGCUAUAUACCUUAAUUUCGAGCGCGACGCCAUAUUCUUUCAAGACGGGAUUUUAAGCUACUUGACGGGAGAGGAAAAGAGAGGGGUUCAGAAGCUGGUUCUGGAAACGAAGGAUGUUGCUUAUUUCGGACAUUUUAAUCUAGAUUUCAUUGUUCAGAUGGAGAGUCUAAGGGAGUUGGAAAUAUGGGGUGAUGGUGCGAAUCUUCCAUCUUGGUAUGAUAAUGAGAGGUAUCUCAGGAAUAUCAGGGGAGAUUUCGAGGAGGCUAGAAAUACUGAUCCUGGUUGGGAAUGCCCCAGAGUGAGACUUAUGAAUUCAAAGACAAAUAGAGAGGAUGGAAUUAUUGAGGGUGGUGCACUUAUUCCUGGUUGGACUCCAGCGGAUAGGGAGGAUGGAGAUGAAAUUCCAAGGCGCGUUGAAAUAUUCAAUUGGUAA